AGAUGACCAUUGAUGGCAUUGAAGACUGCGCCGGCUUGAGUUCUUGUUUCCCUCCUCCUCCACUACAUCUUCUAGCACUUUAAUUUUCGAGCUUUUCUUCUGUUAUCCCGUGGGAAACAAGAUGACAUUUUCCCACGGUGUGUUUCCACUUUUGACGACCGGUGAAGAGCGUCGAUGAUCCGCGCACUCCCAGGCCCAGCGUACGGAUCAGUGGAGGCUUGCGUGAAAAUGGUCCACUAAAGGUUGCCUUUGUGGGGAGACACGAUCACUUCUGCCCGUGGAAACAUGAAGAUUUGGAGCACUGAACAUGCUUUCAGUUACCCAUGGGAGACGGUGAUCAAGGCCGCCAUGAGGAAGUACCCCAACCCCAUGAAUCCACAUGUGGUGGGAGUGGAUGUGCUAGACCGCCGCAUGGACGCAGAAGGACGCCUGCACAGCCACCGACUCCUCAGCACAGAGUGGGGACUGCCGGCGAUCGUCCGAGCGAUACUGGGAACCAACCACACGCAGACGUACGUGAAGGAACACUCCAUAGUGGAUCCUGAGGAGAAAAAGAUGGAGCUGUGCUCAACAAAUAUUACUCUCACCAACCUGAUAUCAGUGGAUGAGAGGCUCCUUUACAGACCUCACCCUGACAACCCUGAGGUCACCGUCCUGACUCAAGAGGCCAUCAUUACAGUGAAGGGAGUGAGCUUGAGCAGCUACCUGGAGGGGAUGAUGGCCAGGAGAAUGUCUGCUAAUGCCAGGAAGGGUUGGGAUGCUAUUGAGUGGAUUAUUGAGAACUCUGAAAGAGAAAACAUACCUCUCUGACAUCUAUCAACAUUGGCAACCACUAGCAAGACUGACUCCAACAAACGUGCUACGGAAGGCGCUGUGGACUUUUCACACCGAACUGCCUCGCUUUACCUGUGGAUUACAUGCAUGGAGCCAAGCUGGGUGGACUCUGGGAGAGAAAGAAGGACUUUCUACAGAAUAAAAUAAGAAGUGAAUGGAAUCUGCUGGACCUUCAAGGUUUGACGGUAUCUCAUCAAAGAAAGAGGGCAAGUAGUGGGAUAGGUAGAUGCACACCAUUUUACAUACAUGUCUGUGUAUUUAGCAUGAUACAAGUAGGAGGAAAUAACGUAAGUAGCAUGGUAGGUAAGGUUUCAUACAACUCUCUGUGGAUGGGAAAUGGAGGCAACAAAAACACCAGCUCAUUGUUGACAUAUUGUAUCAGGCAGUUUUACCUCAAACUUCUUCUUUUGCAAUGGAGUUGCAAAGAACGGUGUCUGCUUGCCGCCUUUAUAAAGGUUUCCAAAUGUAGACUUAUAUACUCCAACCAAGACUUAUUGGUUGUUGGACAUGAACAACAUCCCCAGGCUAAUAUUAUUGAAUAAAAAAAUAUCUGGAUGACAA